GUACAUGGAGGGGAUGCUCGGAUUGGUGGCCUCACUUGAGGGCAUGGUCUUGCGGAGAGUGGCGCAGCUGUCCAUCCUCGGUUUCCGGAUGGCUCUGCUACAUACUGGACCGCAGGCCGGGCCAUCCAGGCCUCCUUGGAGAGCUGGGAGAGGGGGUUCGACUCGCGACCAAGGCAGACACAGAGCACCUGUCGUAGAGGAGGAGUCCAGCGAGGAGGAAGAGCCUGCCCAUCCCCAGUCAGAGACAUCCGCUGGCAGAGAGGAUGACUCUGGUUCUGGUCCCGGUAGUGGAGAUGAUGCCGAGGAGGAUUCCGAGGGCGGCGACUCCGAUUCCAAUGAUGAUGAUGGUGCAGAGGUUGUUCCGCAGAAGAGGACGAAGAGGGCCUCUUAUUCCUGUGCUUGAUAGCAUUGAUAAAGAUGUCCCUGCUUUAUUUGCCUUUUUUUACUAGUAGUUGUAGCACAUUGUACAUUAUUAGGCAGUUUUAUUUUCUGUAAAACUUGUACCCUUAUUGUAAAAUGUUGUAACAAA